AACACUGGCCGCCCACUAAAGAUGGCGGCGGAGCUGCAUCCGCGGAGCGGAAAGCUGAUCGGCCUGUCCAACUCGAACCGAACCGCCCGGCGCAACCAGCCAGUCCAGGAGUUCAACCAUGGCCUGGUGCUUAGCAAGGAACCGCUGAGGGACCGAGAUGUCUUCACUGUCCGCAUUGACAAGAAGGUGAACUCGUGGAGCGGUUCCAUUGAGAUUGGCGUGACGGCACUGGACCCUGCUGCGCUGGACUUCCCCAGCAGCGCCACAGGCCUUAAGGGCGGCUCCUGGAUCGUGUCGGGCUGCUCGGUGCUGCGGGACGGCCGCUCAGUCCUGGAGGAGUACGGCCGGGACCUCGACCAGCUAGCCGAGGGCGACCGCGUGGGCAUUCAGCGCAGCUCCCGCGGUGAGCUCCACCUGUGGGUUAACGGUCAGGACUGCGGUGCGGCCGCCAGCGGCUUGCCGCCCAAGCUCUGGGCCGUGGUGGACCUGUACGGCAAAUGCACUCAAGUGACGGUGGUGAGCUGUGAGCCGCCACCGUCCUCUGCAGAGAGGGAGAGAGAGACAAUAGAGCGGGACGAGGAGGAUGAUGAGGAGGAGGAGGAGGAAGAGGAAGAAGAGGUGGUGGUAUGCGGAGGUCGGGACGAUGCAGGAAUCACGGCACUUAUGAAUGUGGCAGCAAUGAAUGGAAUGAUGAAUGGAGAUGAAGUGCCUGAGCUUAGCUGCAGUCACAGCAGACCCGACAAGUUCCCCAACAACCUGGAGCCCGACACAGUCCUAACGGAGCACCAGCUCUUCGACGUGUUCAACAACGCAAUAGUAUCUUUUUAUCGCUCUGAGGAUGAGGGCGGAGGGGAGGAUGGUGGUGGAGGAGGAGGAGCAGGAGGAGGCAGCAGUGGAAUUGAAGGAGGAGGAAAUACAGGAAGUGACUCCUCUUCCAGAAAUGACAGAGGGAGCAGCGGCGGAGGAGGAAGUGCAGUGAACAGCGACAGUGGGACAGGGACAACAGGAGGAGGUGGUGGUGGUGGAGGUGGAGAAGGUGGAAAUACUAAUAACAGCCCUUCCAGUAAUGGAGGGGUGGGGCCAGGAGCUCUGACAGGUGGGAUGACCACCAAUGACGCGCUGCUGUUCCACGAGAAAUGUGGCACACUGAUCAAACUGAGCAACAACAACAAGACGGCAGAGCGGAGGAGGCCGCUGGACGAGUUCAACAACGGCGUGGUGAUGACCAACCGGCCGCUCCGACACAACGAGAUGUUCGAGAUCCGUAUUGAUAAAUUGGUGGACAAGUGGUCGGGCUCAAUAGAAAUUGGUGUGACCACGCACAACCCCAACAACCUGGACUAUCCUGCAACUAUGACCAAUCUGCGCUCAGGUACAAUCAUGAUGAGUGGCUGUGGGAUACUAACCAACGGGAAAGGAACGCGCAGGGAAUACUGUGAAUUCAGCCUCGAUGAACUCCAGGAGGGAGAUCACAUUGGGUUGAUGCGCAAAGCCAGCGGAGCACUCCAUUUCUACAUCAAUGGCAUCGACCAAGGUGUUGCUGCAGCCCAGACCCCCGGCGUGGUCUACGGCGUGGUCGACCUCUACGGCAUGGCCGUCAAAGUCACCAUAGUCCACAACCACAACCACAGUGACCGCCUCAGACGCAACAACGCCAUCAUGAGGGCUUUAUCGCCUGAUGUUGGUCGGCCCCGGCCGGCUCUCUCCCUCACUCCAGACACAGAGGGGCCAGACCGCCUGCUCUUCCACCCCAACUGUGGCCAGAAGGCUGCUAUCAUUAGUGACGGCAGGACGGCGCUGCGGCCACAUGCAACUGAUGACUUCAACCACGGCGUGGUCCUGAGCAGUCGGCCUCUGCGCUCCAAUGAGGUGUUCCAGGUCCGCAUUGACAAGAUGGUGGACAAGUGGGCAGGUUCAAUCGAAAUCGGUGUCACAACGCACAACCCUGCGUACCUGCAGCUGCCCUCCACCAUGACAAACUUGCGCUCAGGGACGUGGAUGAUGACGGGGAACGGCGUGAUGCACAAUGGAACAACGAUACUGGAUGAGUACGGACACAACCUGGACCGGCUCAAGGCAGGUGACACAGUAGGUGUGGUGAGGAAAGAAGAUGGCAGCCUCCACUUCUUUGUGAAUGGUGUGGCUCAGGGCCCAGCAGCCUGGAACAUCCCUCCGAGCGUCUAUGCUGUGGUCGACCUCUAUGGGCAGGCUGCUCAGGCCACCAUCAUGGAUGACAUGGUGGACCUCCCCCCUCUCCCAGAGGACAGCUCAGAGGGCCCCACGGCCAUGUCCCCAGGGAGCCCUUGCUCGGUAGCCGGGGCCACCACGACCAGUGACCUGCGUUUCCACCAGCUACAUGGCACCAACGCCGUCAUCACCAACGGGGGGCGCACCGCCCUGCGUCAGAACUGCCGCAGCGAGUUCAACGACGCCAUUGUCAUUUCCAACAGGUGCCUUCGAGAUGGAGAGCUGUUUGAAAUCGUUAUUCAGAAGAUGGUGGACCGCUGGUCGGGUUCAAUAGAAGCAGGAGUAACAGCCAUCAGACCAGAGGAGCUCGAGUUUCCAAACACUAUGACUGAUAUCGACUACGACACCUGGAUGCUCAGUGGAACAGCCAUCAUGCAGGAUGGCAACACGAUGCGCAACAACUACGGCUGCGACCUGGACUCCCUGACCACGGGCUCACGGAUCGGCAUGAUGCGCUCCGCCACCGGUGACCUCCACUAUUACAUCAAUGGCGUGGACCAAGGUGUCGCCUGCUCCGGUUUGCCACCAGAGGUGUAUGCAGUGAUUGACCUGUAUGGUCAGUGCGUUCAGGUGUCCAUCACCAGCUCCUCAGGCCCGUUGGACAACAGCCUCUGUACCAGCAACAUCACUGAGAAGAGCUUCCCCAUCCACUCUCCAGUAGCAGGCAUUGCUCAUCGGCUCCACAGUAAACACGGUAAGAAUGUGGUGCUGCUCGGAGAAGGCUGCCAGGCCGUCAGAGUCGGCGGUUACGCUCACGGCAUCGUGUUCAGCGCAAAGGAACUCAAAGCAGACGAGCUGUUUGAGGUGAGGAUUGAUGAAGUGGACGAGCAGUGGUGCGGUUCGCUGCAUAUCGGUCUGACCACGCUGGCACCUCAGGAGCUGCCGUCCUGCCCGCUGUCAGGUCUCUCCCCCUCCCUCCCGCAGCUUCGCACCAAGGUCACCUGGCUGCUCUGCGGCUCUGAGGUCCGUCGCAACGGCGUGCUGCAGCGCCAGAACUACGGCUGCUCACUGGACCGGCUGACGGUUGGAAACCGUGUCGGUGUGAAGAGGUGCAGCGAUGACACCAUGCACAUCUUCAUUGACGGAGAAGACAUGGGACCUGCUGCUACUGCGGUGGCUAAGAAUGUGUAUGCAGUUCUAGACCUGUACGGGCGGAUAACAGCGGUGUCCAUCGUCAGCUCCUCGUUGAUGGAGGACAUGGAGAGCGUCAAGGCGCCUUCGCUCUCCUCAGACAGCUGCAGUGAAGGAGAGGAGGACAGCACCCCGGUCAGAGAGGUUGAGACCGAGCCGUGUACGCUGAUGCCCACGGUCAUGGCGUUCCUGGAAAACCACGGCAAAAACAUCCAGCUGUCCAACCAGAACCUGACAGCAGCCAGAGUGUCGAGCUACAACCAGGGCCUGCUGGUCACCGCCCAGCCGCUGGCUCGCCAGCAGCUGUUCCAGUUUCAGAUCGACCGUCUGAAUCCGUCAUGGACGUCGUCACUGUCACUAGGGGUGAUAGGUCACUCCCCCGACCGGCUCAACUUCCCUUCCACAGCGUGCUGUCUGAAACGCUCCGCCUGGCUGCUGCAGAGAGACUCUGUCUUCCACAACUCGCUAAAGAUAUGUGAGAACUAUGGUCCUAAUCUGGACACUUGUCCGGAGGGGACGGUGUUGGGUCUGCUGGUGGACUCCAACAGUUGUCUCCACCUCUACGUCAACGGCAUGGACCAGGGCGUGGCGGCGCAGGACAUUCCUUCACCCUGUUACCCCUUCAUCGACCUCUAUGGCCAGUGUGAACAGGUCACUAUAGUUACUAACAAUGUGCCAGCUGUGGGUGGAGAGAGUGGUGAGACCCGCUGUCAGGGCGACAUGGAGAAGGCCGACAUGGUUGACGGAAUCAAAGAGAGUGUGUGCUGGACGCCGCCUCCAGAGGUCAACCCCAACAAGACCUGCGAGUACCAGGCACUGUGCUCACGCUUCAAGGACUUGCUCACGUUACCAGAUGGUUACUUCAACGAGGAUGCAAAGUACAACCUGUGCUACUGUGAGUCCUGCCACAAGCUCAGAGGCGACGAGGCGUAUUACAAGAGAGGCGAGCCGCCCCGUGACUACGCCCUGCCCUUCGGAUGGUGCCGCUUCGCCCUCAGGAUCAAGCCCCACUGUGAGGUUUCCAAUGCACUGAAGAAGUGGCACAUCGCAUACCACGGCACAAGUGUAGGAGCCCUGCGACGCACCCUGGACCACAGUCAGCUGCUGCCUGGGACGUCGCCCAUCUUCUCAGUGUCUCCGGUGAAGGCGGAGGGGCCCAACGGUUACAGCGAGCCAGAGGAGAACAGCGCCCCUGGCAGGGAGGUUCCCAGAGUGCGGCUCUCCCCCACCAUGCGCUACUCUGGCUUGGAGAUCUUUGCUCCCAAAGUGCAAUUUCGGGACCCCCGCUCUCACCGCUGCCACCAGGCCCAGGUGGGAUUCCAGGUAUGUGUGCGUCCAGGCUCCUACAAGGUGGGACCCCAGACCCUGGGCCACAGCGAGCCCCUGGACCCUCGCUUCAGCAACUCAGAGAUCGAGUGGAUUACUAAGGAGCAGGGCGGCACGCUCCUCUACGGACUGCUCGUGCGGAUCGAGUGAACAGAGCAGCGAUGGAGGCAUUCGGGUGGAAGUGGGGAGGGUCCGCGUGGCACUCCUCGUUCUUUUAAUAAACUGACAACCAAAUCCAACCCCUGCCUUGAGCAAGAGACUCCUCUGGAAUCCAGUUGUUCCUACUUUUUUUUGUUGACAAUUCAGCAUUGAUUUUUUUUUUUCUUUUUUUGUUUGCUCUUGGACUCUUUUAACGGCCGGGGGCUAUGGUGGUUUAAAGAAGAACAGACACUGCCUGCACUUUAUGUUUCGGACACUCGUGGGCGAUUUUUAAAAAUAACUUCUCAUCGACACGACACGUUUGUUCAUUCACUGCAGUUUUUUUUUUUUUUAAGCCGCGUUUUUGUUCUCAUUCUUCCUGACAAAUUGUUUUUUACCACCCUCACAAACAGCCAUGUCUCUUUUUUGGCACUUAUUUUAUCACUUCUCACCUCUGCUCUGGUCAGUGUUUUAUUUUAGGAGGAGCUGUCCCCUGCCAACCUGCACGUCACUGGACUGUCACCUAAAAAGACUGAAAUGUGGAAGGAAAAAAAAAGUGAGUGAUGAGUGACAAUGUUUUCACAAAAAUAUAUUUAAAAAAAAAUAACAGAAAGACACUUGAAUCUGAGACUAAACCCAAGAGUGUCUUGUGAUUGUGACUUCUUUGGGAGGAGGGAAGAUUUUAAACCUGGAGGAAGAAAAAAAACGUUUACACAUGUACCACAGUAUGUUGCUGUCCUCUCUGUGUCUCCACAUUAGAAGUCUGGCUACUUUAUUAGUCCUGUUUGCAUUUCUUUUAUGGCCCAGCAUCACUUCUCACUCCUCUUGUCAAAUGGAAAAAACAAUCACAGAUUUAAACUGUGGAAAAAAACUGGAAAGAUUUUUUUUUUUUUAAUUCAGAAAAUUCUCCUCCUACACCUUUUGCAGAGCUAAAAAUAGUGUGAGGUAAUGAAAUGGAAAAUUAUGUUCCAGACUGACAGCUUUUGUGCUACAAGUAUACGUUGUUUAAACAUUUCAUAAUGAGGAUACAUCAUGAAAUGUUUAAAAUAAAAAAAACUUGCUUCUGUAUUUGGUGGGUUGGGAUGAACCUACUGCUACUGGCACAAUUGCAAAGAUUUAAACAAACUUUUAUACAUUUUGGGAAAUAAGCUUAUCCACUUUCUAGCCAAGAGUUGGAUUAUACCACUCUCAUGUCUGUACAGUAAAUACAAAACUGCAGCCAGAGCCUGUUUGGCACUUUCCUGGAUGGUUCCUAUAGAAAAGCUCAGGGAAGCGGCUGCAGGAAAGUUGACAAGACAUAAAUUUGACAAAGCAAACACUAAGUCUUCAUCCUUGAAGUCUGUUCUUAUGUAAAAGCAAAAAAUACAGUUUGAAAACACUUGUUGAAGCUGAGAUUUAUGCUCAAAUGGACAUGUUUUCAAAGAAUAUUUUUUACUUGUACAUGAGCAAAAUUUGAUGAGGACUAAGUGACUGAUCUAAUGUGGGUCUGGGCAACUGGACCCUCCUCCUUUACAUUUAAUGGCACAAUCGCUUCCCUGAACUUUUCUAUGAGAAAUAUCCAGGAACGGUCCCGAACAGGAGCCAGCACCUGGUUCAGAGACAAUGACAUCCACCUCUCAGAAACCCUGAUGCUCACUGAGUGUUUGUUUAAUCCCCACAUUCACUUAAAAGAAUUCACCAGUUAUGUGCCAAAUUAUUUUCUGGACCAGUUGCCAGGCAACCAGUGCAGUGUCCGUUGUUAGCCUGGCAACUAGUAACAGUCCAGGUCAACAAAUAUUUCGCCACAUAACCACCUGUGCAUCUGUGAGUUAACAUUUUUACACUUGAGAUUUUGUACAGAUUAAACAAAAAGAGAUGUUCACCAGUGAGCUUUAGAUGAGCUGUCAGUGAGUUUUGUUCCCUUGAGGCAGAGAACAGCUAACGCUCUCGUGGCUGUAGCUUCAUGCUAGCAUACAUUCAAUCUUCAAAAGUGGUUAAAAAGUGGAUCAACUAUAAUUCCCAAAAUGUGAAUUAUUUCAUUUAAAAGGUGGUUAGAUAGACUGAAGCCAAAGGCUGGAUGUUUUCCACAUCAUCUCCCCUUCACCGUUUACACUAGAUCCAUACACACCUCCACUCCUCUGAUCCAUCCAUCCAUUACAGCUGACUGUUUACUGGGCAGGACCAGGAAGGAGUGUUAGGAUCAGCAGGACGUCGAGUCGUCUGCACACCCCCGACCUGUGCUGGUGUUUACAUGUGAAUGUUAUUAAUUAGAGCUCUGCAGUUCUAAUAUGUCAGCUAACAUCACUUGAUUUACAUUUGUCAAAAUAGUUUUUACCUGAUCCAAGACAUCCACCUAAUGACUGAUUGUAUGUGAACAGCUUUCCAAAGUGUUUCUUGAUUUUCACCGGUCUCAGUCCUGGUGCCAAUUUGAUAAAACCUACAACAAAACAUGAAACCUCAAGAUUUUUUUUUCCCCUGAAGUUUUGACAAGUCAAGCUCAAAAAUUAUAAUUAAAGAAGCUCUGUGACCCUCUAAGAGCAGCUGUGAUCUGAUUGAUGGAAAAUCUGUGGGGUUUGACAAAGGAAAAACUUCUGAUCAAAAAUGUGAAAAAAUGUUAUUAUAUGGGUUAUUUAUGGCCCAUUGCUGCUUUGUACAAUUUCAUUUAUAUUACUUUGUUUUUGUUUUCUGUAUGUUGCAUUGUACAGGCUGUUACAUAACAAAUCAUAUCUUCCUGAUUUAUAAAAAAUAAUAAACUGAGACAGUAUGCACAGA